AUGUUAUCUCAAGCAUUCCGCGCGUUUGCACAGAAGAAGCCAGCCUUCGAUAUGACACCAUCCGCUGUUGCUCAGAUCAAGAAACUCCUUAAGGGUGACUUUGAGAACAAAAUGCUCAGAAUUGGCCUUAAGUCUGGUGGAUGCGCAGGUUUCCAGUAUGAUUUCAGCUUCGAUAAUGCUGCCAGAAAGGGAGAUCAUCUUUUUAAGAAGGAUGGUGCUCAAGUUGUCCUCGAUGACAAGGCUUUACUCUACUUGAGAAAUUCUACUCUUGACUUCACAAGCGACAGAUUCUCAUCCACAUUCAAGAUCGUUCUCCCAACAGAAUCCAACUUACAUUCAUGCUCCUGCGGCAAAUCUGUUGGUGGUGAUGGCGAUCAUGGCGAAUGCGGUCAUCAUUAA